AUGUCAGCUCCUGCGAUUAACAGACUGAACAUGCUGAGCCAGCAUUUUCGAAGAGUUGAGGAGAAAGAUGUUGGCGGCCAGUUUCCCGAGUUGCCAGUGAGGGAACGGGAAGCAUACUUUGCCAACGUCCUCAGAUCAAGGGCAGUUCAGCAGAGAAGUGGACUGGGGCCUACUCCCGCAACUGGUGUGAAGAAGUAG